CGACAAAGUGUUGCGGUACUGCUUAUACACCAUGAUGUAUGGCUUAGUGUUGACAAAUUUGGAGCCAAUCGUCAUCCUCUUCACUCAUUGCAGGCCAAUCAAGAAGCUCUGGGGGCCGUCUACAUCAGGCACAUGCUGGCCCACAAGAGUCAGAAUCUACUCGGUCUACGUACAAGUCGCAUACUCAGUUACAACCGAUCUGAUCUGCGCAUUCCUCCCAGCUGACGUACUCUGGAACGUCAAGAUCUCGCCCAAUACCAAAUUCGGCGUCUGCGCUUUGAUGUCCUCAGGCCUGCUCGCAACAGUCACAGCAAUUAUCCGCGCCUCAUCACUAGGGACGAGAACUGUGGAUAUGUCAUAUGACUACUGCAUCGCCGCCAUCUGGGCGAAUACCGAACUACACCUCGGCAUCAUCGCCACAAACCUCGCUCUCGGCCGAAUGGUAUGGAGUUUCUUUACGAAGGACAUCAUAUCACCACGGCAUAGCCAUACAGUGAGAUACAGCAUUGGCAGUGGUAAUGCCACUAGUCUCAUAAGAGCGCAGACCGUGAUCCGUAUGCGAUUGACAACCUUCGAACGAGGCACGUUGUGGACAACGCCGCCAGGCAAGCCAAGUUCCACUUGGACCAGUCUCAGACAGACUGACAAGCCCGCAUCUAACAUUUGAACUUUUGGAGGAUUC